UAGGCGACUCGAAAACUAACGUAGUCGGCAUUGGAGGCAACUUCUGUUACACCACAGAACCAGCUUCCUCGUCGCUUUCGACGUCUUAAAAUUGGGAGGGGUGAUAUACAACCGUGCAUGAGGCUCCCCCUGGGACCUCUGUACUUUGUUUUACAUGUUGGGCUGAAGAUAAUGGACUUCUGCUGAGACAGAUAAAUGUUUUAUAUAUAUAUAUAUAUAUGUAUGAUCCUAAUGUAAGAAUACGGAAUUCAAAUGUCGAUCGAAGGGAGGCAAAAGCCUGCUACUCCGCAAAAAAACAACACUGCACGUCGAAUAACAAUCCAAAUUAUAACAUUAUAACAUACAUUUCUACCAUUAUUUUCACUAAAUAUUUAGAUUAAUGAAAUGUUUUUUUCAUUUUGCUUUCUUGUGUGACUUGUUGACUGCAGUUUGUUUUGGGAGGAGGGGUGCAAAGAACGAUGGAUAAGUUGUGACGAAACUCGUGUAAAAACUGAAACAUGCACAUUUAAAACACUUUGACUCAGCGAUUUUUACAGGACGAGCUUCGUGUGCAUGUUGGUAAUACAUGUAGCAUAAGAGGAAAACCCACAUCAGAAAUAUCCACGUACACGUGUGCAUUUGGUGUGUCUGGCCUUUUUAAGACAGCUUUUAGUAACUAUUACUUAAUAAAUUGUUUAGAACUAACAUGGUCUAACGUGAACGAGCAGCGUGCACAUUUAACUCUUUAAUUCAUUAAUUUCAAAACGCUUGCAAUGCAGACUAGCUGUGUAGUGUAAAGACUGACGACGUAUUUGGAUGAAAGUUUAAUUUUUUGCAUAGAAUAAAACACAACACAUGGGAGAAAAAGUAUUACAGUUUAGCGAACUCGAAGUACUGUUAACUAUCUCAUUUAGUCCGGAAAUAAAUGACACUUUAAAUAAAGUUGAAUUCUUCAGUAUAAAUCAUACUGUGGCAAUAUAUAGCCUCUGGAAUAAAUAGUUGCAGUGGGUGGUGUUUAACUGUUAUAACAUCAACCAAGUUUUUUUUUCUUCACGCAUUCAGGUAGUCAUCAGUUCCGAAUGAAAUAAGUGCAUUUAAGUACUAUUGUUUUAUAUCACUAGCUAUUAUACUGUUUUAUAUUGCAAGUCUUAUUUUUUAAACACUAAUCAUUUCGUGGUCGCCAUACAUUUUCCAUGCAUUAUUAUCAUACUAUUACUUAUUUCAGCAAAAAAAGUUCCUAAACUAAAUGUGAACACCUGAUUCUGUAAACGUUUUAAAGUGCGGUAUCUUUGAUGCUUCCAUGAAAAAAGCGAACUCUGCUUAUAAAUGAAAUAUCUAUUUUUUUUUUUUUUACCAAAUAUGAAUAGCUGGAAAACGGUCAUUCGUAGCCGGUGAUGUUUUUGUUGGACUCCCAGUGUUUAUCAUACGGCCGGAUUACGUAACGCUGUGUUUACCGAAGACGCAUCAAAGACGGACUCCGGCGAUUCCCGGCUCAGCUUUCCUGCCGUGAAACAAUGCAGAAGUGGCCUUACUGCUCCAGGCAUGUGGUGGCCGACGGUGCAGCAGCUGGAUCUGAGGAAUUGCCGCGUCCUGUUGCAUUUCCCAACCGGAUGGACAGCAGUAGUAUUAGGAAACCGAAUGCAUUGAACUGCAGGCAAAACUCUCCCUUUUCUAUAUACGGGAGGUCUCUGAAAAUUAAGCCAUGUGCAUUCAGUGUGGUGGCACUUUCGUAACAGUGUUAAUAUUGCAUUGAAAUGAAAGAUGGCGCUAAUCGUCGAAACUUAAACAAAAUAGCUGUGUUGGGCGCACCAUAAGCAUGUACGGGUCGCGGAAACCUUUACCGUAUUUGACUGGUCAGCGCAAGACAAGUGGUUCGACAGAAAAGAAAAAGCACACACGCGAUAGGGGUUCAUUUCCAGUCAAAGGCCGGGCCGGGAGAAAGGUGGGGGAAGGGCAUUGUGGGAAACAGGGCACUGGGGAGGGAACGAGAAAAAAAGCCCUAGUGGUUGAACUGGUCCUUCCGCUUCCUUUGCGUUGUGACACCAAGAGGGGAGCAACUGGCCCUCUUUCGUCAUUUCAGGUGGAGGAGAGGAAAGGUGGAGCCAAGAGCGGACUAAUCUGAACACCAACAAAGGCAUCCUCUGACCUUUUCUAAAUUAUGUUUUAUGCCUUUGAAGUAAAAAAAAAAAAAUGAUGUAGACAGUUGAGUAUUCGAUGUUAACAAUUUAUUUUAAUGCAACUAAAAUAUCUGUAUUUACAUUUUUUUUCUUUGUUGUUUUGUUAUGAUGACAGAGCAUUUGUAUGUGAUUGGGACCUGCUGGAUUUUUCAUACACUUUCCCAAAAGUAAGGCUUGAAUGGAGAGACACACACGUGCGUCUGUUUUUCGAUGGGGUCCCAGAGGUCAAGCAAAGGAGUUAAAGUGUAACACCUGAGGUCCCUGGACACUCCUCUUAGAAACGAUCUCCACCCCAAACCUCUAACAUUACAUUUCAUCCCCUACUAAGUUAUUUCAGAGGAAGGUUUUUCCAUGUCUGACAGUCUGCAGUGAGGGGCGUCCUACUGAGUGAAAUUGAAACCCAAGGCUGGGGAGAGAUUAGAGAGGCGUGUACACAGGCCCCCAUGGCUCAGGGGGGUAGGGGGGCUGGAGCUGCCCCCCCCGACGGAGGUUGGGGCUGGAUGAUCGUGGCUGGCUGUUUCGUCGUCACCGUCUGCACCCGGGCCGUCACCAGAUGUAUCUCCAUCUUUUUUGUGGAGUUUCAGAUGCACUUUGGGCAUGACUAUGCCGGCACUGCAUGGAUUCAUUCGCUGGUGGACUGCACCACUAUGCUUUGUGCUCCGCUUGGCAGCUUCAUUGGGAACCGGCUGUCCUUCCGCAUCACGGUGAUCCUGGGAGGCUUCUUGGCUUCCACCGGGCUGGUCAUGAGCUCCUUUGCCACCAGCCUCGAGUACCUUUACCUCUCCCUUGGCAUCCUCACAGGUGUUGGGUUUGCCCUCUGUUACACGCCAGCCAUCGCUAUGGUUGGCGUCUAUUUCCACGAAAGGAAGGCGUUGGCAUACGGGAUCGCCAUGUCCGGCAGUGGGAUCGGGACUUUCAUCCUGGCCCCAGCAGUACAGCUCCUGAUAGAGCACUUCUCUUGGCGUGGGGCGCUCCUGAUCGCCGGGGGGUUUGUCUCCAACCUGUGCGUCUGCGGGGCCUUGCUGAGACCUCUCACCUCCGCGGCGGGGGUCGAGAACGGGUCCGUGGUGGCGGAGUCCGAGGCAAGGGACAGGGCGGUGACUGCGAGAUGCUGCGAUGACCAGGAGCACCAUCGUUGCUGCUUCCGGCCCAUGCAGGAAUACCGAUUCCUGCUCAUGCCCAGCUUUGUGGUCCUGGCCACAUCUUUCCUCCUCCUCGCCAGUGGCUGUAGCCUGCCCUUCGUCUAUCUGGUGCCUUAUGCUCUGGAUGUAGGUGUCGGCCACCAGCAGGCUGCCCUCCUGAUGUCCAUCCUGGGGGUCAUCGACAUUGUGGGCAAUGUCACCUUCGGCUGGCUUACUGACAGAAGGUGCCUGAGGAAGCACCGCAGUGUGUGCUACAUGCUAGCCGUCGGCUUGGAGGGCUUAUGUUGCCUCUUUGCUCCUCUGUUGCGGAGCUUCCAGCUGCUAGUGCCGUUUGCGGUGCUCUACGGUUACUUCGAUGGGGCUUAUGUGGCCCUCAUUCCAGUGGUGACGUCGGAUGCCGUGGGCACGGCCCACCUCUCCUCUGCCUUGGGAGUCGUGUACUUCCUCCACGCCGUGCCAUACCUGGUCAGCCCGCCCAUCGGAGGUUGGCUCGUCGACCGCACCGGCUCUUACACGGCCACCUUCUUCCUCAGCGGCUUCGCUCUCAUCUGCAGCUCCCUGCUGCUCGGCGUAGCCGCCAUGGUUCACAGUUGCCGGGGACGGCGGAAGCACAGUGUCCACACCAACCCCAAGCUGCACAGCUUGGUCAACAGCCAUUGAUUGUUCGGACUCCCAAGGUGGAACCGAAGCUCACUCCUCUCCCUGGUUGUUCUACAUUGCAGUCUUUGUGCAACACCAAAAGCCUACUGUAUAUGUACAAUAAAAAUACGAAAGACAUUGCGGACCUCUCCUAAUGUGUUUUUUUGGCCUGCUUUUGUGCGUGGCCUCAAAGAUUCUGCCUUUCCGGCCUUUCUGUCAUUUGGAUUACUUUCUUUGUCACAUUCCCUCACGUUAUCUCGAGAACAAUAUUCAAACUGGCUUUCUAUUUGGGAGAAAUUCAUUAGGGUAUCUGUGCAUCUGUCCAUGACAGGUUACUCACCCAUUCGUCUAGGUCAAAGUGAUCCAGCAGAUGGCAGCAUUUGAGUAAUUUUAUGGAACAUAUACCAGCAUAUAGUAGCAAAAUGAAUUACGAGGUAUAUGUCUAUUUUGUAGAGGUUUGUGGACAAAUAGUGCUAAUCUGUAUUUAAUAUAUGGCUUUUUUUUUUAAACAAAAAUGGUUUAAUAGUAAUAUUUUCUUGCUUACAGGUGUUUGCAGUUGCACUAAAAAUUGUGGCUACUGUAAAUAGAAGUCAAAUCUAAUAAAACACACUGUUGUCCAUUUUAUGUUUUUUUGUCCAUGUGCUGAAAAAAAUACUUUAGUAUAAUGAUACUAUAUAAAUAAAUAAAAAUACUAUAAUAGUCAGAUUGAGAGAUGAUAUUUUGAGACUGAUGCUUUGUGUGCAAUCAGGAUAGCAGCAAAGAUAAUGUACGUAACAGUAUGCUAGUUGCCGGGAGGGGUGAAAUCAGUAGGAGUGUGACGUGUCGUCCCCACUCGACACAACCAUCUGUUUCCCUUUUCCAUGACAUUUUUGCAUUUAUCUGGCACCAAAGGUCACCUCUUCUCGUAGAUUUGUGCCCUGGGCCAAUAUAAGAUUUAGUCUGGUAAGUUACCAAAUACACAAGUUUAAAAAUGUGCUAUGGAAAAUUGACUUGGCAUGUACGCACAGAAAAAAUGCCAUUAUUGUAAUCGGUGAAUAAUAAAUUUGGAUUUUUUUUUGGUGACAGCAUUACCAUUUUUGUCCUGCCCCCAUCGUCCGCUCCUUCCGUGUGCCACGCCCCUUCGUUCACCAGGUGUUUCCUGUUGUUCUCAUUAGUUCAAUGUAUUUAAGCCUGCUUUUAAGUUUGUUUCCCCAGUCGGGUCAUUGUAAAGUCAGUGCGUGUUUGCCUGUGUAUAUCUACCCUUUGAUUAAACCCCGUGCCCCCCCAA